GGACAACCUGCCGCACGGCCUAUCCAGCGGCCUGCUGCUUCUGCGGCGACGACCAACCUCUGCCACGGUCGUCCUGGCGACCCAUGUUGCUUUUCGACGCGGGUCUCUGGACAGCGAGCUCGGUACCAGGAUGUCUCGCGGCAAUGCUGGCUUGACGAGCGAGCGCGGGCGCGGUCAGCUGAGUCGUUCCUUGCGAUUCUUCUGGGGUCAUGACAAAGCUGUCUACCACAAAGCCGUCGGCCGCUUGCCCGAGACGGUGCGUCUGCACUGGCCGCUGCAAGUCCUGGGGCUUUCAGCUGCCUUCCAUUCGGCAGCAAGCCUGCGCACGGCUGUCGCGACGUCGCAAGGCCGGGGACGCAUACUGGCAAUGCUGCGAAAGCGUCAAGCCGCGGAUCCUGACCUUGUGGCCGAAGCCUUCAAAGCAAUUCCGGCAGAGCACUUGGAAGACUUCGAGGCUAGGCUGGCGCAGGAGCCGCGCCGGGUGCGGCAGGCGCGUCGGCGAGCCGCGGCGGAGACCGUGGAGCAGCGAUGGGAGCGGCUGCUAGCUCACAGAAGACGCCUGCGAGGGCCGGCGCUGCCCGAAGCAGAGGCUGCUACGUACAGUCGGCGGGCGACGGAAGACCGUGUGCGUGUGCGCCGGAAGUUCUUUCCCGCACGGCCGAAAGAAGUGCGCCACACCGGUCGGCAGUGGUCCAACCCCUGGACGGACGAAGCGGCGGAAAGCGUUCGAGACGUUGCCGACAACGACACCGGCCUUCCUCGUGCAGCCAUUACUCCGUUUGCAACCAUGCUGGAGGACUGGUGUAAGCAAGGAGCUUGGGCUAUCUGCGAAAGAUGCUUUUCUUUGGAGCCGAGGCAUCUCAAAGAAGUGGACACGCGCCGCGUGGCCGAUCCGGCCGUGCCCAACUGUCGGUGGUGUCGCCGCGACGGCGUGGAGUCGGUGCCCACCGUUGACCGCGUACCACGGCAGCUGCGGGGUCUCUGCCAUGAUGUGGUGGCUGCCCUUCGACCCUUCGACAUCGACUGUGGGCCGUAUCAACGUCCACCUCACGGAUAUCGUGUGCACACCGCCUUGCUGCGCUUGCUUUGGUCCGACACGGAUGUGGAAGCGAAAAUUGCUGCGCUCGAGCACCGGACGUGGCGAACGAAGGCGAAGAAAGCUUUCAAGUUCUUGAUGCAACACUCGUGUUCCGAGUAUAGGAACUUUGUGACGCAGCAUCGUCGUUUCCUCCGAGACCAUCCGAUGCCGACGGACGCAGCUCGUCGCCGCCCGCUGCAGACGCUGGAACCUCCCGGCAUAGAAACCGCCCUGUGGCCAGACCUGUACUACAACUCCGACUUGUGCGAGUCUGUGGAAAGAGCGACGGAUGCCCGACGGCUCCAGCGCCAGGGUUUGCUCCAGGAAGACAGCGACGACGACGACCGAGAACGUGAAGACGACCCCGGCCGCGGCAGCCUGCGCCGCAGUUUUCUGAAGAAGGUUCUUGGGCCGCUACACCUGGAGGGCCCGGAGACGCUGCAUCUUGCCCACAUCCUUCUGGAGCUCCUGCGCGAGUGGGUAGCAGGAGGCAGUCGAAAGCACGGCGAAAGCAGCAAGCUUUGGCAAAAGCAUCUCCUGUGCGGCGGUCGUCGCAUCAACUUUGCCGCGCGCCUGGAGUAUCAGGACGCAGAGCAGGGUGUCCGCGCGUACGGGCUGGAGGAAGUGGAUAUACUCAAAGGCCAUGUGGACAACAUAGCACCGCAGGCGGCAGGAUCCGGCGGUCGCGGGCUGCUCAUGCGGUAUGUUGCCACUUAUAAUGUCAAGUUCAGCAGCAGCUUCCACAACGAGAUGCUGGCCGACACCGGCGUCUCGGGAUACGGGAUGGCUCUCCGCAUCCUCAGCACGCUGCAUCCGUCCGAGCCCGAAAUGUGGGUGACACUGUUCAAGCAGCUCUUUCCUGAUUUUGCACUGAGAGGCACCAUGCUGCCGAUCGUAGCACCCUGGCCGACGAUGGACGCGCAGCCGGAGUUCGUGCGCCGGUACGAGGAAUGUCUCUGGCGCAGUGACAGCAUGUCGCUCCUCGAGUAUCUUCGGAAAACCAAUGCUGCUGGAGAAGUGGUCGCUUGGAUCCAAAAGCUCCAUGCCGCUGCUGACUCGGCGCUGGACUUGGGUGAGUUCGCGAGUGUGCAGACGACGUUCGGCGAGAAGGUCGUGGCAGCGGAGACGGUGAGCGUGUUCAGCGACAAGUACUUUGGUCAGUGGCUGAUGCUGCACGUGCCUUUCCGCAGCGCCGCAGACUUCUUGUACCCCGAUAUCGUCGCGAAGAUCCCCACGCGCUAUCAGCUCUUCGCUUGCGCCUGGCGCGCCGCUGGAGAUUACUGGACGGACCGAGCACGGGUGCGGGAGGACAUGCAGCUGGCCGCUCACAAGGACGCGACCAUAGCUAACUUCCUCGCUCUGCUGGAUGCUCAGCGUGAGAUCGUGGAUCAAUACCUACGUGGCGACAUCUCGCUCGAAGACGAAGUGCCCGAGCCAGCCUUGCCUGCGCUGCCGGGUGCCCUCGGGCUGGAGCGUCCCUGCUUCAACCGACAGCAGCAAGUCUUGGAGCGGUGCGCGCUAGAACGCUUGGAUUUGAUUCAAGCCUUGAAGGACGCGCAGACACCGGCAGAGGCCGAUGAUGCGGCUUUGCGCCUCGAGGAGCAGAACAGCGUCUUGGUGUGCAUGGGCGGCCCUGGCACGGGCAAGACGUUCGUCGCCGACUACCUCGUCCGCGUGGCUGUGCGGCGGGGCCACCGUGUGCUCUACGCGCUGCCGACGGGACAGCUGGCCUGUCGCAUGCGCCAGCGCCACCCCGACAUUCACGUCGACACUUGCGCCGGCGCCUUCCUGUUCUACCGGCCAGAAUCUGAGACCCUUGCUCUCAUGGCCGAGUACGAUAUGGUGGUCAUUGACGAAGCCUUGCAACUCAGCGCGGAGGAGUAUGGGGCCUGCGAUCACGCACAGUGGCGCUUUACGCACGUAGUGACCUUGACCGAGGUACGGCGUUGCAAGUGCGCCGUGUUGCAAGCCAAGCUGGAUUUCCUGCGUCAUCACAAGCCGCUUGGCCAGGAAGGCAAGCGCUUCGUGAAUCGCUUGUGCUACCAGCACAAGGCCUGGACCGGUCACGACGAGCCUACGAGCCUUGACAUCGAUUCCGUUUUCAAGCGCACCGGCGGAAAGACGACUUUUGUCACCUGCACCAAGAGGGGGGCCGCUAGCAUCAAUGCCCUGGCCGUACAAGUUCUCUUUUCCAACCGGAAGCAGCAGCUUUUGGCUGAGAUUCCGGGCGACUAUGACGACAAUGAAGAGAACUUCGACGAAUACGGCAACCUUCGUCGCGAUCGUGCCCCGCUGCCGAACCCAGUCCAGCUGUACAGAGGCCUCAGGGUUGUCUUGACUCGCAAUCGAGACAAAGAGAACCAUUACGUGAAUGGCAUGGUGGCCACGGUGGAAGGCUACUUUCCGACCACCGGCUGCCUACGCGUCCGCACACAAACAGGCAGGAGACUGGCCAUUUAUCGGUACACGGACACGGACGUUCCCUGCGGGCGUGCCGUGUAUUUCCCGAUCCGUACGGGCUACGCAGGCACCAUCUACAAAUUCCAAGGAGCCUAUGGCAUCACCAGCGCACGUGCGCUGAGCACCGGCAUCCGUUUCAAGAACGGCCUUUUCGUAAGAGGCCGCUUUACGGUUCUCUUCGUCGUCCUUCUCUGUGAAGGGGACAACCUGCCGCACGGCCUAUCCAGCGGCCUGCUGCUUCUGCGGCGACGACCAACCUCUGCCACGGUCGUCCUGGCGACCCAUGCUGGCUUGACGAGCGAGCGCGGGCGCGGUCAGCUGAGUCGUUCCUUGCGAUUCUUCUGGGGUCAUGACAAAGCUGUCUACCACAAAGCCGUCGGCCGCUUGCCCGAGACGGUGCGUCUGCACUGGCCGCUGCAAGUCCUGGGGCUUUCAGCUGCCUUCCAUUCGGCAGCAAGCCUGCGCACGGCUGUCGCGACGUCGCAAGGCCGGGGACGCAUACUGGCAAUGCUGCGAAAGCGUCAAGCCGCGGAUCCUGACCUUGUGGCCGAAGCCUUCAAAGCAAUUCCGGCAGAGCACUUGGAAGACUUCGAGGCUAGGCUGGCGCAGGAGCCGCGCCGGGUGCGGCAGGCGCGUCGGCGAGCCGCGGCGGAGACCGUGGAGCAGCGAUGGGAGCGGCUGCUAGCUCACAGAAGACGCCUGCGAGGGCCGGCGCUGCCCGAAGCAGAGGCUGCUACGUACAGUCGGCGGGCGACGGAAGACCGUGUGCGUGUGCGCCGGAAGUUCUUUCCCGCACGGCCGAAAGAAGUGCGCCACACCGGUCGGCAGUGGUCCAACCCCUGGACGGACGAAGCGGCGGAAAGCGUUCGAGACGUUGCCGACAACGACACCGGCCUUCCUCGUGCAGCCAUUACUCCGUUUGCAACCAUGCUGGAGGACUGGUGUAAGCAAGGAGCUUGGGCUAUCUGCGAAAGAUGCUUUUCUUUGGAGCCGAGGCAUCUCAAAGAAGUGGACACGCGCCGCGUGGCCGAUCCGGCCGUGCCCAACUGUCGGUGGUGUCGCCGCGACGGCGUGGAGUCGGUGCCCACCGUUGACCGCGUACCACGGCAGCUGCGGGGUCUCUGCCAUGAUGUGGUGGCUGCCCUUCGACCCUUCGACAUCGACUGUGGGCCGUAUCAACGUCCACCUCACGGAUAUCGUGUGCACACCGCCUUGCUGCGCUUGCUUUGGUCCGACACGGAUGUGGAAGCGAAAAUUGCUGCGCUCGAGCACCGGACGUGGCGAACGAAGGCGAAGAAAGCUUUCAAGUUCUUGAUGCAACACUCGUGUUCCGAGUAUAGGAACUUUGUGACGCAGCAUCGUCGUUUCCUCCGAGACCAUCCGAUGCCGACGGACGCAGCUCGUCGCCGCCCGCUGCAGACGCUGGAAACUCCCGGCAUAGAAACCGCCCUGUGGCCAGACCUGUACUACAACUCCGACUUGUGCGAGUCUGUGGAAAGAGCGACGGAUGCCCGACGGCUCCAGCGCCAGGGUUUGCUCCAGGAAGACAGCGACGACGACGACCGAGAACGUGAAGACGACCCCGGCCGCGGCAGCCUGCGCCGCAGUUUUCUGAAGAAGGUUCUUGGGCCGCUACACCUGGAGGGCCCGGAGACGCUGCAUCUUGCCCACAUCCUUCUGGAGCUCCUGCGCGAGUGGGUAGCAGGAGGCAGUCGAAAGCACGGCGAAAGCAGCAAGCUUUGGCAAAAGCAUCUCCUGUGCGGCGGUCGUCGCAUCAACUUUGCCGCGCGCCUGGAGUAUCAGGACGCAGAGCAGGGUGUCCGCGCGUACGGGCUGGAGGAAGUGGAUAUACUCAAAGGCCAUGUGGACAACAUAGCACCGCAGGCGGCAGGAUCCGGCGGUCGCGGGCUGCUCAUGCGGUAUGUUGCCACUUAUAAUGUCAAGUUCAGCAGCAGCUUCCACAACGAGAUGCUGGCCGACACCGGCGUCUCGGGAUACGGGAUGGCUCUCCGCAUCCUCAGCACGCUGCAUCCGUCCGAGCCCGAAAUGUGGGUGACACUGUUCAAGCAGCUCUUUCCUGAUUUUGCACUGGGAGGCACCAUGCUGCCGAUCGUAGCACCCUGGCCGACGAUGGACGCGCAGCCGGAGUUCGUGCGCCGGUACGAGGAAUGUCUCUGGCGCAGUGACAGCAUGUCGCUCCUCGAGUAUCUUCGGAAAACCAAUGCUGCUGGAGAAGUGGUCGCUUGGAUCCAAAAGCUCCAUGCCGCUGCUGACUCGGCGCUGGACUUGGGUGAGUUCGCGAGUGUGCAGACGACGUUCGGCGAGAAGGUCGUGGCAGCGGAGACGGUGAGCGUGUUCAGCGACAAGUACUUUGGUCAGUGGCUGAUGCUGCACGUGCCUUUCCGCAGCGCCGCAGACUUCUUGUACCCCGAUAUCGUCGCGAAGAUCCCCACGCGCUAUCAGCUCUUCGCUUGCGCCUGGCGCGCCGCUGGAGAUUACUGGACGGACAGAGCACGGGUGCGGGAGGACAUGCAGCUGGCCGCUCACAAGGACGCGACCAUAGCUAACUUCCUCGCUCUGCUGGAUGCUCAGCGUGAGAUCGUGGAUCAAUACCUACGUGGCGACAUCUCGCUCGAAGACGAAGUGCCCGAGCCAGCCUUGCCUGCGCUGCCGGGUGCCCUCGGGCUGGAGCGUCCCUGCUUCAACCGACAGCAGCAAGUCUUGGAGCGGUGCGCGCUAGAACGCUUGGAUUUGAUUCAAGCCUUGAAGGACGCGCAGACACCGGCAGAGGCCGAUGAUGCGGCUUUGCGCCUCGAGGAGCAGAACAGCGUCUUGGUGUGCAUGGGCGGCCCUGGCACGGGCAAGACGUUCGUCGCCGACUACCUCGUCCGCGUGGCUGUGCGGCGGGGCCACCGUGUGCUCUACGCGCUGCCGACGGGACAGCUGGCCUGUCGCAUGCGCCAGCGCCACCCCGACAUUCACGUCGACACUUGCGCCGGCGCCUUCCUGUUCUACCGGCCAGAAUCUGAGACCCUUGCUCUCAUGGCCGAGUACGAUAUGGUGGUCAUUGACGAAGCCUUGCAACUCAGCGCGGAGGAGUAUGGGCGCCUGCAUGCCAUGUUCUGCGCGACGGGCAAGCAGCUUCUCUUGCUGCUUAUGGGCGAUGACUGCCAACUUCCGAGCAUCCAUCCGCAGCAGGCCUGCGAUCACGCACAGUGGCGCUUUACGCACGUAGUGACCUUGACCGAGGUACGGCGUUGCAAGUGCGCCGUGUUGCAAGCCAAGCUGGAUUUCCUGCGUCAUCACAAGCCGCUUGGCCAGGAAGGCAAGCGCUUCGUGAAUCGCUUGUGCUACCAGCACAAGGCCUGGACCGGUCACGACGAGCCUACGAGCCUUGACAUCGAUUCCGUUUUCAAGCGCACCGGCGGAAAGACGACUUUUGUCACCUGCACCAAGAGGGGGGCCGCUAGCAUCAAUGCCCUGGCCGUACAAGUUCUCUUUUCCAACCGGAAGCAGCAGCUUUUGGCUGAGAUUCCGGGCGACUAUGACGACAAUGAAGAGAACUUCGACGAAUACGGCAACCUUCGUCGCGAUCGUGCCCCGCUGCCGAACCCAGUCCAGCUGUACAGAGGCCUCAGGGUUGUCUUGACUCGCAAUCGAGACAAAGAGAACCAUUACGUGAAUGGCAUGGUGGCCACGGUGGAAGGCUACUUUCCGACCACCGGCUGCCUACGCGUCCGCACACAAACAGGCAGGAGACUGGCCAUUUAUCGGUACACGGACACGGACGUUCCCUGCGGGCGUGCCGUGUAUUUCCCGAUCCGUACGGGCUACGCAGGCACCAUCUACAAAUUCCAAGGAGCCUAUGGCAUCACCAGCGCACGUGCGCUGAGCACCGGCAUCCGUUUCAAGAACGGCCUUUUCGUAAGAGGCCGCUUUACGGUUCUCUUCGUCGUCCUUCUCUGUGAAGGGGACAACCUGCCGCACGGCCUAUCCAGCGGCCUGCUGCUUCUGCGGCGACGACCAACCUCUGCCACGGUCGUCCUGGCGACCCAUGCUGGCUUGACGAGCGAGCGCGGGCGCGGUCAGCUGAGUCGUUCCUUGCGAUUCUUCUGGGGUCAUGACAAAGCUGUCUACCACAAAGCCGUCGGCCGCUUGCCCGAGACGGUGCGUCUGCACUGGCCGCUGCAAGUCCUGGGGCUUUCAGCUGCCUUCCAUUCGGCAGCAAGCCUGCGCACGGCUGUCGCGACGUCGCAAGGCCGGGGACGCAUACUGGCAAUGCUGCGAAAGCGUCAAGCCGCGGAUCCUGACCUUGUGGCCGAAGCCUUCAAAGCAAUUCCGGCAGAGCACUUGGAAGACUUCGAGGCUAGGCUGGCGCAGGAGCCGCGCCGGGUGCGGCAGGCGCGUCGGCGAGCCGCGGCGGAGACCGUGGAGCAGCGAUGGGAGCGGCUGCUAGCUCACAGAAGACGCCUGCGAGGGCCGGCGCUGCCCGAAGCAGAGGCUGCUACGUACAGUCGGCGGGCGACGGAAGACCGUGUGCGUGUGCGCCGGAAGUUCUUUCCCGCACGGCCGAAAGAAGUGCGCCACACCGGUCGGCAGUGGUCCAACCCCUGGACGGACGAAGCGGCGGAAAGCGUUCGAGACGUUGCCGACAACGACACCGGCCUUCCUCGUGCAGCCAUUACUCCGUUUGCAACCAUGCUGGAGGACUGGUGUAAGCAAGGAGCUUGGGCUAUCUGCGAAAGAUGCUUUUCUUUGGAGCCGAGGCAUCUCAAAGAAGUGGACACGCGCCGCGUGGCCGAUCCGGCCGUGCCCAACUGUCGGUGGUGUCGCCGCGACGGCGUGGAGUCGGUGCCCACCGUUGACCGCGUACCACGGCAGCUGCGGGGUCUCUGCCAUGAUGUGGUGGCUGCCCUUCGACCCUUCGACAUCGACUGUGGGCCGUAUCAACGUCCACCUCACGGAUAUCGUGUGCACACCGCCUUGCUGCGCUUGCUUUGGUCCGACACGGAUGUGGAAGCGAAAAUUGCUGCGCUCGAGCACCGGACGUGGCGAACGAAGGCGAAGAAAGCUUUCAAGUUCUUGAUGCAACACUCGUGUUCCGAGUAUAGGAACUUUGUGACGCAGCAUCGUCGUUUCCUCCGAGACCAUCCGAUGCCGACGGACGCAGCUCGUCGCCGCCCGCUGCAGACGCUGGAAACUCCCGGCAUAGAAACCGCCCUGUGGCCAGACCUGUACUACAACUCCGACUUGUGCGAGUCUGUGGAAAGAGCGACGGAUGCCCGACGGCUCCAGCGCCAGGGUUUGCUCCAGGAAGACAGCGACGACGACGACCGAGAACGUGAAGACGACCCCGGCCGCGGCAGCCUGCGCCGCAGUUUUCUGAAGAAGGUUCUUGGGCCGCUACACCUGGAGGGCCCGGAGACGCUGCAUCUUGCCCACAUCCUUCUGGAGCUCCUGCGCGAGUGGGUAGCAGGAGGCAGUCGAAAGCACGGCGAAAGCAGCAAGCUUUGGCAAAAGCAUCUCCUGUGCGGCGGUCGUCGCAUCAACUUUGCCGCGCGCCUGGAGUAUCAGGACGCAGAGCAGGGUGUCCGCGCGUACGGGCUGGAGGAAGUGGAUAUACUCAAAGGCCAUGUGGACAACAUAGCACCGCAGGCGGCAGGAUCCGGCGGUCGCGGGCUGCUCAUGCGGUAUGUUGCCACUUAUAAUGUCAAGUUCAGCAGCAGCUUCCACAACGAGAUGCUGGCCGACACCGGCGUCUCGGGAUACGGGAUGGCUCUCCGCAUCCUCAGCACGCUGCAUCCGUCCGAGCCCGAAAUGUGGGUGACACUGUUCAAGCAGCUCUUUCCUGAUUUUGCACUGGGAGGCACCAUGCUGCCGAUCGUAGCACCCUGGCCGACGAUGGACGCGCAGCCGGAGUUCGUGCGCCGGUACGAGGAAUGUCUCUGGCGCAGUGACAGCAUGUCGCUCCUCGAGUAUCUUCGGAAAACCAAUGCUGCUGGAGAAGUGGUCGCUUGGAUCCAAAAGCUCCAUGCCGCUGCUGACUCGGCGCUGGACUUGGGUGAGUUCGCGAGUGUGCAGACGACGUUCGGCGAGAAGGUCGUGGCAGCGGAGACGGUGAGCGUGUUCAGCGACAAGUACUUUGGUCAGUGGCUGAUGCUGCACGUGCCUUUCCGCAGCGCCGCAGACUUCUUGUACCCCGAUAUCGUCGCGAAGAUCCCCACGCGCUAUCAGCUCUUCGCUUGCGCCUGGCGCGCCGCUGGAGAUUACUGGACGGACAGAGCACGGGUGCGGGAGGACAUGCAGCUGGCCGCUCACAAGGACGCGACCAUAGCUAACUUCCUCGCUCUGCUGGAUGCUCAGCGUGAGAUCGUGGAUCAAUACCUACGUGGCGACAUCUCGCUCGAAGACGAAGUGCCCGAGCCAGCCUUGCCUGCGCUGCCGGGUGCCCUCGGGCUGGAGCGUCCCUGCUUCAACCGACAGCAGCAAGUCUUGGAGCGGUGCGCGCUAGAACGCUUGGAUUUGAUUCAAGCCUUGAAGGACGCGCAGACACCGGCAGAGGCCGAUGAUGCGGCUUUGCGCCUCGAGGAGCAGAACAGCGUCUUGGUGUGCAUGGGCGGCCCUGGCACGGGCAAGACGUUCGUCGCCGACUACCUCGUCCGCGUGGCUGUGCGGCGGGGCCACCGUGUGCUCUACGCGCUGCCGACGGGACAGCUGGCCUGUCGCAUGCGCCAGCGCCACCCCGACAUUCACGUCGACACUUGCGCCGGCGCCUUCCUGUUCUACCGGCCAGAAUCUGAGACCCUUGCUCUCAUGGCCGAGUACGAUAUGGUGGUCAUUGACGAAGCCUUGCAACUCAGCGCGGAGGAGUAUGGGCGCCUGCAUGCCAUGUUCUGCGCGACGGGCAAGCAGCUUCUCUUGCUGCUUAUGGGCGAUGACUGCCAACUUCCGAGCAUCCAUCCGCAGCAGGCCUGCGAUCACGCACAGUGGCGCUUUACGCACGUAGUGACCUUGACCGAGGUACGGCGUUGCAAGUGCGCCGUGUUGCAAGCCAAGCUGGAUUUCCUGCGUCAUCACAAGCCGCUUGGCCAGGAAGGCAAGCGCUUCGUGAAUCGCUUGUGCUACCAGCACAAGGCCUGGACCGGUCACGACGAGCCUACGAGCCUUGACAUCGAUUCCGUUUUCAAGCGCACCGGCGGAAAGACGACUUUUGUCACCUGCACCAAGAGGGGGGCCGCUAGCAUCAAUGCCCUGGCCGUACAAGUUCUCUUUUCCAACCGGAAGCAGCAGCUUUUGGCUGAGAUUCCGGGCGACUAUGACGACAAUGAAGAGAACUUCGACGAAUACGGCAACCUUCGUCGCGAUCGUGCCCCGCUGCCGAACCCAGUCCAGCUGUACAGAGGCCUCAGGGUUGUCUUGACUCGCAAUCGAGACAAAGAGAACCAUUACGUGAAUGGCAUGGUGGCCACGGUGGAAGGCUACUUUCCGACCACCGGCUGCCUACGCGUCCGCACACAAACAGGCAGGAGACUGGCCAUUUAUCGGUACACGGACACGGACGUUCCCUGCGGGCGUGCCGUGUAUUUCCCGAUCCGUACGGGCUACGCAGGCACCAUCUACAAAUUCCAAGGUGCGGAACUGGAGCAUGUCACACUUUGGCUCAACCGCCGGUGGUGCCGUGCCGCAGCCUACGUUGCGCUAUCCAGGGUGGCCAGGGACGAAAAUUACCUUAUAGGUGGUAUUGUCAAUGCCGACCAUUUGAUCCCGGCCAAGU